AUGAAUUACCCAAACUACCAGCCAUACCAGCAACCAAAUAAUCCCGGAUACCAGGGCACUGCUGGAUAUCAACAGGCAGUAUCACCUGCACCACAGAUGCAGCCCCCAAGUUAUCCACCUCCGAACUAUCAACAGGCAGUGUCACAAGCACCACAGAUGCAACCUCCAAGCUAUCAACAGGCAGUGUCACCUGCACCACAGAUGCAACCUCCGAGCUAUCCACCUCCUCCAGUCCAAAGUGCACAGGAUACAUCAAUGCCACCACAGCAGAUGCAACCUCCGAGCUAUCCGCCACCCCCUGCAGCAUCCCCAGCGCCACAAUAUCAGCAACCUUUACAAGUGCAGGCGCCUUUAUUCCAGGGCCUUGAUCCAACACUAGCAAAAGAAUCUGUGGUAAAUCCAUAUUUGGCACAAAAGCAUUUUGCUUUUUGCAGUAUUUUUGCAGCAAUUACUGUGAUCUGCGCAUGUUUAGCUACCAUUUUGUUUUUCUUCACAUUUUUGUGUGCUUUACAAAAUCUAACCUAUGACUUAUUAUCAUUCAAUGCUUUUGAAGGUUUACCUACAGAAGCCAAUGAACUUCUUGUAGAGCUCUUUCAAGUAAAAUGGCGUGAUGAAUCUUCAAUAUUUGGAGAUUUCAAAUCUGAAAAUAUUAAGGACGGUUUUAUAGUACAGGGAUUUCUGCUUCUAAUUGCAGGCAUUUCAUACUUGAUUGGCUUAGUUAUUGGAUGGUUCAUUAAAUAA